AUGCCAUAUCCAUUCCAGGACUGCAAGCUGCUUCUCACUGAGCCUCCACUGAAUCCUAGUAGCAACCGUGAACGUUUAUUUCAAGUGAUGUUUGAACAGUACGGUUUUCAUUCUAUCCACGUUGCUGUACAGGCUGUGCUGACGCUGUACGCUCAAGGUCUUCUGACGGGCGUUGUCGUGGACUCAGGAGACGGUGUUACUCACAUUUGCCCGGUAUACCAAGCUUUACUGCUGCGUGGAUAUAAUUUCAACCAUUCGGCUGAUUUCGAAACUGUCCGAUUAAUGAAGGAGAAGUUGUGCUAUGUGGCGUACGACGUUGAGCAAGAGCAAAAAUUGGCUCUUGAAACGACUCUUCCUGAUGGACGUACUAUUCGACUGGGCGGUGAGAGAUUUGAGGCGCCUGAGCCACAUUUGAUCAAUGUGGAAAAGCCAGGAUUGUCGGAAACCCUUUUCGGAUGCAUCCAGUCUAGUGAUAUCGAUACAAGGCUUGAUUUCUACAAGCAUAUCGUAUUAUCUGGUGGAUCAACAAUGUAUCCUGGCUUACCGAGUAGGCUUGAGAAAGAGAUGAAGCAGUUAUACUUGGAUCGUGUUUUGAAAGGAAACACGGAGUUGUUCCAGAAAUUCAAAGUGCGUAUAGAAGCAACACCGUUCCGUAAACAUAUGGUAUUCCUUGGUGGAGCCGUGCUUGCAAACAUAAUGCGGGAUAGGGAUCAAGACUUCUGGAUCUCCAAAGCAGAGUAUGAUGAAGGUGGUCUUCCACGAUGCUUAUCGAAAUUAAACGUGAAAUAG